AUGUUCAACUGGGUGGUUAGAGUGGUGCCCAAGCCCCCUGAUGCCCAAGAGACCCAGGCAGAAGAAGCCCCAAAGACCCCCGCCCCAUCAGGUCAGGGUCAGAGCGGGGUUCUGGGCUGGCUGUCCAACGGCUUCUCCAGUGCUCUCCCCAAACCCAGCGGAACCCCCGGACUCAGGAGGGCCAACUCUGACGCCCGGCCUGGGGAUGACGGAGAAAGGGCUGGGGUAAUGAGCUGGGUCACCCAGGGCCUCACUAACAUCCUCCCCCAGCCUGAUGAGAAAUACAGAGAGGCCCCCCUGAACCCCAACGAUGAGCAGACAGAGGUGAGACGACAGGUCAAUAGGUCAACAGAUUACGACCCCUUGCCAGACAUCCCUGUGGUUGACGUGGUGUCAGACGACGAGAUGUCUGAGUCGGAGAAUCGGACCCCCCAGUUCGCCCCAAAAGUGGUGCAGUGGAUCAAACAGGCCAUCCCCCAGCCGGCCGUCCUACCCCCUGGUGCUGUGGCCAUAGAACCCAGGUCACCCAGGUCCGCCUGCUCCAACCGUUCUUCUCUGGACAAAGUUCUGUCUCCACCACCUGAAUCCCUGAGUGGCAUCUCCCUGGACACCGACGGCAAGCCAGGGGGACCCAGACCAGAGAUGGUUCUGGAGGACGUCGACUCGGACCACGAGGAACCGGUCCGAGGGGGGAACCCGCCGUCCCCGGACGGGACGCCGGAGACCCGACCAGCGGGGGGACAGGACGCCCAGACCGGACCGGCGGAACCCGGCCACAGUGACGCGGACGGGACGGGGACCGGCCAGGAGGACGCCGAGACCCAGACGGGCCGCUGGACCCCCUUCAUCAACAGCAUCAAGAGGGAGGCCGAGGACGUUGCCUUGGCAACCAUGGAGGAGCGGUUGCUGCAGGAGCGCGUGCUGAUGACCCGGAUGGCGGAGGACGUGGCGCGUCAGACGGCUGAGAUGGCCGUCCGACAGAUGGCCUCCGAGGGGGGGUCCAUCAAACUGUCCCUGGGGAGCCAGGACCUGCUGGGGGAGCCUGAGCCCGAGUUGCAGGCGCUCCAAGGUGAGGAGGAAGAGGCGGAACAGAGUCUGCAUAAAACCCCAGAACCGCAGGAGUGUGACGGCGAGCAGGACCAAAAGGAGCCUGAAAUCCCAGAGGAGCUUGAAGACCCAGAGGAACCAGAGCCUGUGGGAUCGAAGCCUGUGGGACCCGAACCCGUGGAAACGGAGGAGGCUGCUGCUGAAGAAUCAGCGCCCGUCAGCUGUGAGGUCCUGAAGACCUAUCUGAUGAGCGUCCCGUACGUGUCCGACUGCCUGGGCAACCUCGGCGCCUUCCUCAAAGAGAACGGCGUCUCCCCCUCCAAGGUGGGCUCCGCGCCCGCCCAGCUGCUGUCCGACGUCACCAAGCGCCUGCCCUCCCUGCCCCCCGAGCUGCGCCAGGAGCUCUCCAGGAUCCGCCUCACCCGGGUGCCCCGCAACGUCAUCGAGACCCUCACGGAGCUCGUCCCCGCCCGCUCCGAGGGCUCCGGCGGCCUGGCGCGCUACCUCGGCCUGACGGCAGCGUCGGUGCCGUCCGUGUCGGGACUGUCCCAGAGCCUCGCCGCCGUCCCCCAGAAGGUGGCGGCCAUCCCCGCGCGGGCGCAGCAGUACUACAACAACGUCCAGAGUCGCCUCAACAGCCUCAUCGCCCUGGACCUGCCCAACGUGCCUUCCUACCCCCGCCUGCCCCCCAUAGCGACCCCCCCGUGCCAGCAGACCGGACCCCUCCCCCGCCAGCUGUCCGGCGUCUCGAACCCGGCCUUCUGCAUCGACGACGAGCACGACGCCCCGGACUCCAAGCUGAAGACCCUCGCGGUCCCCGUCACCCCUAAAGGAGGCCGCCAGAGUAAGAAGAGCCAGUCUCACAGCGAGGAAGACGAUGACGAAGGACCUGUCAGAGCCUGGUCAAGCCAGACCAGCCUGCACCACACAGAGGACAGGGAUCGUCCGGCGUCGUCGUGCAGCCAGACCAGUGCGGUGGUCAACGAGCGUCUCCAGGAGCUGGUCAAGAUGUUCAAGGAGCGGACGGAGAAGGCCAAGGAGAAACUCAUCGACCCAGUGAGCUCUGACGACGACAGCGACACUCUCUCCCCCGCUAACUCCCCCCUGCACCUGUCCUUAGCCCCGCCCCCGCCGCCGGCUCCGCCCCCGCCCGCGGUGCCUCAGGAGGAGGAGGAGGAGGAGGAGGAGGAGGAGACAGGGAGGUGCUGCAAGGUGCUCAAAGUCCCUGGUUGGAUCGGAGCGUGCGUGCGGCUCCGUUUCCCCUCCAGCAUCGACCCCUUCACCAACCUGAUGUACGUGCUGUGGCUCUUCCUGGUGACCCUGGCCUGGAACUGGAACGUGUGGUUGAUCCCCGUGCGCUGGGCCUUCCCCUACCAGACGCCCACCAACAUCUACUACUGGCUGCUCACCGACUACUGCUGUGACCUGGUCUACCUGCUGGACAUCACCCUGUUCCAGCCACGCCUGCAGUUUGUCCGCGGGGGGGACAUAGUGUGUGACAGAAAGGACAUGAGAAAAAACUACAUGAAGACUAACCGCUUCAAGCUCGAUGUAGUCAGCCUGGUACCCCUGGAGUUCUUCUACUUCAUCACAGGGAUCAACCCUCUACUCCGCCUCCCCAGACUACUGAAGUACAACUCCUUCUUGGAGUUCAACAAUCGCCUGGAGGCCAUCCUGACUAAAGCCUACAUCUACCGCGUGGUCCGAACCACCACCUACCUUUUGUACUGCCUCCACUGCAACGCCUGUCUCUUCUACUGGGGCUCGGCCUACGAAGGCCUGGGCUCCACCAAGUGGGUCUACGACGGAGUGGGCAACGGCUACAUCCGUUGCUACUACUUUGCGGUGAAGACCCUCAUCACCAUCGGGGGUCUGCCAGAUCCCACCAACCUCUUCGAGAUCGUCUUUCAGCUCAUCAACUACUUUGUAGGAGUGUUUGCCUUCUCCAUCAUGAUUGGCCAGAUGCGAGACGUUGUGGGGGCGGCCACAUCGGGCCAGACCCACUACCGAGCCUGCAUGGACAACACCAUCAAAUACAUGGCCACCUACCGGAUCCCAAAGGAUGUCCAGAACCGCGUCAAGACCUGGUACAACUACACCUGGGCUUCGCAAGGCAUGCUGGAUGAACAGGAACUGCUGUCUCAGCUCCCAGACAAAAUGCGUCUGGACAUCGCCGUGGACGUCAGCUACUCCAUCGUCAGCAAGGUCCCUUUGUUCCAGGGAUGUGAUCGCCAGAUGAUCUUUGACAUGUUGAAGAGCCUGCGGUCUGUGGUUUACCUGCCCGGGGACUACGUCUGUAAGAAGGGCGAGGUUGGCCGGGAGAUGUACAUCAUCAAGGCCGGGGAGGUCCAGGUGGUUGGCGGACCGGACGGGAAGACCGUCUUCGUCACGCUCAGAGCGGGAUCUGUCUUCGGGGAGAUAAGUCUCCUGGCAGUAGGGGGCGGUAACAGACGCACGGCCAACGUGAUCGCCCACGGCUUCGCUAACCUCUUCAUCCUGGACAAGAAGGACCUGAACGAAAUCCUGGUCCACUACCCCGAGUCUCAGAAGCUGCUCCGCAAGAAGGCCAGGAAGAUGCUGAACAACGGGAAGAAGCCAGAGCCCAAACCGGAGACCAAGGCCACGUUCCCGGCCCCCCCGCCCAGGGCAGAGACCCCCAGGCUGCUACGAGCGGCCCUGGAGAUGGCGGAGAAGGCGUCGGGACUCAAAGGAGUCCUGGCGAAGGUCAAGGCUGGCUCCAAGUCCAGUGUCUCCCUACAGCGAUCCGACUCCUCCACGGCCACCACGCCUUCGCCGGCCCCCGCCGCGGGACCCCACCAGGACUCGGCCACGCCCUCCUCCGCCAGCUCCGCAACGCUGCGUUCACCGGCCCGACGGCUCGCCGACAGCCCUUUGGCGACGCGCCCCGCAUCCCGUUCUCAUGCCGACCGAACCCAGUCGCCCGUGGCUACGGGACAUGGACAAGACUAA